ACCUAACCAGCCCAUCAUGAUAACUAUCUCCAAAACCCCAGAUACGAUAACCUCCACCAUCUUCCUUUCUAAAACCCCCACCCUAGCCACCCUCGUAAAAUUCCUACAAACCCCCGAGAAUCUACUCACCCUAAACCCGCUCAUCGAGUCUUUCCACCCCUCAUCACCACCACCACAACCUCCACCACACAGAGGCUCCGACAGCGAAGAUGGCGGUAGCGAUUUAUACACCAUAACCGAACGUUUCCCUAUACCCUUGGCAUGCGGGUUGACAAUGUCGUCCACAUUCACUACGGAAUUCUCGGAGCCAGACGGAGUCAUGGGUAUUCUAAGCACCUCUAGAUCCGGCAUGGGAGUGGUUACCGGAAGUUUAAUUUGGGUCGAGGACUCCGUUGGCGGAGUUACUGUUAAGGAGCGGUUUAAAGCUUAUAGAUGCCCGUUCGGCAUGAGGUGGUUUAUCAUGACGGUUGCUGGGAGGAGUAGAAUUGGGAUGAUGGAGAAGUUGGAGGAGAGUUUAGUGAGGUUGUGUGAUGAGCAGGGGGUUAGCGGUGGGUGAUGUCGUGCGAUAUAAUUUUACUGGAUACGGGGUUAACCGGGGGGGGG